ACCCGGGAUUCUCUGCUGGGUUGGUGCGGGUGGGGAGGGGGGAGGGAGAAGCGAAAGGAGGAACCCGGGGGCCGCUUUCUCCCCCCAACCCCUCCACCCCAACCCUCCUUUAAAAAAAAUAGGAGGGGAGGGGUGGAAGGAUCAGCUCUCCGCCGGCCCUCGGCGUUCAAAAGGAAGCUGGCCAGGGAGAGAGAAGGGGAAAGCUGUUUUUUUCCCCAUGGAGAGCGAUGCAGGGAGCAAAGUUGGAAGUGUGAAGCGAAACUAGGGAUCUCCCGCUCCCCCGCUGCCGCUUGACGGCUGGGAUCCGGUCCAAGAGCGCACGUGAGUCUGCCGCACUUGGGGUGACGGGGAGAGGAAGAGAGAGCAGAGUUGAGCUGAGAUCUGGCCAAGGGCAAAAGGGACACAAGAGAAAGUGGAUGGGGCCCGGGACCCUGGGGGUGGGGGGCAGGAGGGUGCUGAUGGGGAGGCAGAAUCCGAGUAGCGUUGAGUGGCAGAGGAGAUCUUGGAAGCAGUAGACUUGGGGCGAGGGGGGCAGCAGUUUUGCAGAAGUUUGGGGAUGGGUAGGGAUGGGUAGGCUUAUAGAUGAUAAGUGUAGCUGUGAGAUGUCAUGUGGAUAAGUAAGUGAUGAAGAGUUAAUGGGGGGGGCGUUGAUCCCAGCUCUUUGAUGGGAUCAGAGGAAGGAGAGGUUAUAUAUAACCUUAGCCAUUAAAGAUCUGUGGUCCAUUUAUGUUGUUCUGCCUUAUAAAACAGCAGCCCAUUGCACUUAGGAAGAAAUUCCCCCUCCAGAUGCUGAUUACUGGAGUGUUAGACGAAAGGAGGGUUGUGGGAAGAGAGGUGGUGAUGAUCCAGGGAGGUCAUUUAAGGAUGUAAAGGGGUGCAUUGUGCCAAGGCAAGGGCACAGAUAUGCCUAGAAAAGUUGCCUUCCCUUUACACCGUCCUAUUCCAGAAACCACCUGCCACCCAUGCACCCACCACUUGUUUUGGUGGGGAGGAAGUGACUUGUCCUUGUACUGUAGUAGGUUUUUGAUUUACAGUGGUACCUCAGGUUAAGUACUUAAUUCGUUCUGGAGGUCUGUUCUUAACCUGAAGCACCACUUUAGCUAAUGGGGCCUCCUGCUGCUGCCGCACCGCCAGAGCACGAUUUCUGUUCUCAUCCUGAAGCAAAGUUCUUAACCUGAGGUACUAUUUCUGGGUUAGCGGAGUCUGUAACCUGAAGCAUACAUAACCCGAGGUACCACUGUAUUUAUUUUUUAAUGCUGUUCUUGUUUUGCAUUCUGUGAGUACAUGAAAGCUGCCGCCUCUUUGAUUCCACUGUCCCAUUUGGGGUGGGGCGAGCGCAUUAUGCAGGAUCUCAGAGAUGGGGAAGGACUAGGCAAGUUGUCUUACCUAAUAGGGGCAGCAUAGGAGCGAACUCCUAAAAUAUUUGAGCGGGCUGCCACCGCCGCCGCCACCGCCCCAAGUUGAUGGGCAUUGCCAUUCAAAUUGUAUCUGUGCACCACAUCAUGUGAUCGAUGGCGGGGCUUACCUCCCCCCCCCCCCCCGAUAUUUCAUUCCAGGGCAGGAAGGGUCCCUGAGACUGCCAGCAUUAGAAUGGGAGGCCAGAAGUUGCUUAUCGCCCCAGGACAUCGUCUGGAGGCUCAUGACACAGCAGCCUUGCCAAAGAUCUGGCUUGUCUGUGUUUGCUUGGAAGGCUGCCUGGGGACCCAACCUGGGCAUAGGCUGAUUUUUUCCCCUAUAGGAACAAAGACAGGAUGUAACUGCAACAAAUACACAGAAGAUAGAGUGGUGGUCAUAGCACCUUCUGAUCUAGGCAGUGAGAUCUUUGCGGGCUCCAAAGAUGCAAAGAGGCUUUGGGGGUUUUACUCCAAGAGAGCCAGGGUAGAAAGUUGUUUGAGGGGGGCCAAGGAGACAACAUUGCUGCCAGUGCCAGUUUGAGGUGCCAGUCCGCGGGCUGUACUAGGGCAAGCAGAUCCAGGAAGCUUCAUACUUAAUCCAAGGGACUUGGAUGGAUCUGGGAUUUGAAGGAGUCUUUGAGAUACUGAGCAGGAGUUCUGGCUCUCGGAAUGCUUUUAAGGAAGCAAGGCAAUGCCUUUUGAUGUGACAGGCAGCUGAGGGUACUUUGCAUGGAUUGUACUGAGUUCAGUGGUUGAACAUCUGUAGGCCAAAGUUUCAGCUUCAAUCUCCAGGUAGGAGUGACUCGUGUCUGAAAUACAGUGGUACUUAAUUCAUUCCGGAGGUCCAUUCAUAACCUGAAACUGUUCUUAACCUGAGGUACCACUUUAGCUAAUGGGGCCUCCCGCUGCCACUGCGGCGCGAUUUCUGUUCUCGUCCUGAAGCAAAGUUCUUACCCGAGGUACUAUUUCUGGGUUAGCGGAGUCUGUAACCUGAAGCGUCUGUAACCCGAGGUACGACUGUACUGGAGAAUCCCUCGCAGUCAGAGCAGGCAAGUCGUGCAUUAGACGGACACAAUGAUCUAACUUGGUACAAGGCAGUGUAAAAUGCUCCUGCAAGGCAGAUGGCUUGCAUGCAGUUUACAAUAUAACCGUACCUUGGUUCUCGAACGGAAUCCGUUCUGGAAGUCCAUUCGACUUCCGAAAACCAAGGCGUGGCUUCCUGCACUCAACUGGGUUUGCGGCGUUCAGGAGCCAAAAUGUUCGAGUCACAAGGCGUUUGAGAACCAAGGUACGACUGUAUGUUACAAGCCUUGCCUGUCUCAGAAAUGUGCUACACAGGACUAUUAUUCCCAUUCUACAGAGGCAGAACUGAGGCAAAGAGAGGAGUGGCUUGAACCCAACACCCUCCCAGGGCCACGCCGAUUCUUUUAGGGCCAGCAGCACUGGAGAGCAAUUUUGUCGUGCCCCUGAAAUUGUAAAUGCAAGGCCUAACCUUAGCAAUUCCAGGGGGAAGGGGGACAUCUUCAAGGUCAUGUUUGUCUCGUGGUAACUGCAAGUAGAAGCAGAUUUCCAGCUUGGUCCUUGUGCCAUGAGCAGGAUUGUGUGUGCUCUGCCUUCUUCCCUCAGUAUAUGGUGGGGGUCCCCUCAUGCAAAUUAUGCAAUUGUGUACUCUAGUUUCUUGGACGCGGUGGUGCUGUGGGUUAAACCACAGAGCUAAGGGCUUGCCAAUCAGAAGGUCGGCGGUUCGAAUCCCCACUACGGGGUGAGCUCCCGUUGCUUGGUCCCUGCUCCUGCCAACCUAGCAGUUCGAAAGCACGUCAAAAUGCAAGUAGAUAAAUAAGUACCGCUCCGGCGGGAAGGUAAACGGCGUUUCCGUGCGCUGCUCUGGUUUGCCAGAAGCAACUUACUCAUGCUGGCCACAUGACCCGGAAGCUGUACACCGGCUCCCUCGGCCAAUAAAGCGAGAUGAGCGCCGUAACCCCAGAGUCGGCCAUGACUGGACCUAAUGGUCAGGGGUCCCUUUACCUUUACCUUUUACUCUAGUUUACAUUAUUCUUUCUGGAGGCAGGAUCUAAAGCCGAUAUGGGGAACCUGUGGCCCUCCAGGUAAUGGCCAGGGAUGAUUAAAGCUGCAGUGCGGCAACAUCUGGAGGGCCAGAUGUUCCCCAGCCCUAAAGUUACACAAGGCACUGAAACCUAGGCUAUUGGAAACCCUGCUCAGCACCCCCCUGCCCUCCUUAAAAAAUUCACCAAUCAUUUGCUCUGCAUCUUCAGAUCGUUCCCAUUUUGAAAGCUUAAAAACUUGGGUUCUCAAAAAUCAAAGUAACUGCAAGCAGAGUUAAGGAGGCGAGAUUAUAGGCUGUUGCAUCAAAAGAGUUGUACCUCUUGGCAAAAGUCCCUGUCUUAUCUUGAGCGCUCUUCCUCAUUCCCGAAUGCACAUGGACACAGCUGCUUUGCUCAAACCCUUCGCUGAAACGUUUAUCCACAUGUACGCACCCACGCCAUCCUAAAAUGCUCUGUGUUCCUCAUACCUCUUGCCCCUGCAUACCGAUAAAAGAUUGCACUCAUCUUUCUGGUAUCCCGGCUUUGACUUCCCCGUUCGUCAGUUGCUCUUAAGCUUCUCGCCCGAUUACCUUCCCCAUUUUCCUGCCCUUCCCUUCUUCCUCCCCAUGCAAAGUUCUCAACACCCACAUUCUCUGAGCCUUCUGUUGCAAGGAGAGAGUAACUCCGAAUGUAGGGCAUGUUUGGAAAUCGUGGUUUAAACGUCUUCAAAUAUAGCAUCCCGGAGAUCCUCUCCAAACAAGCGUGCUGUUUAAUUUGCUGGAUGUAGAGCCUUCCAAUACAAAUAAGAGGUUUCUCCAUACAGAGUUUUAUUUCAUUCCCUAUUAAUUUUCUUUUUUGUUUGUCCUUCUUGGCCUUCUCUCUUCCAUUCCCCCCCCCAACCUCCUGGUCAGGUGUUUUUCCUUUCUGGGGGGACUCCUACAGACCAGCUGCCAUUAGGCAAGCGAUAUGUUUAUCCUGUCAGUGUGGAAAAGAAGGGAUUUUAGAACAGACCAGCUUCUUCAAAGAAAAACAGAGAAGGCUAAAUUUAGAAUCUACCUAAAUGCCUCUCCUCUAAAUUAAAGGCAUUCCGUUUAAAAUAAAGCCUCUCCAAAGCUCAGUGCAGUUCUCCUUAACAUGGAGGAAUGCCUGAAUUUUUUUGUUGUAACUGGAUGGACGUGGCAACCCCGGUUGAGGAUUGCGGGUGACACGGUGCAGAAGUGAUUGCCUUUUUUGUCCUACCUCACAGGGUUAUUGAGAACGAUAAAUUGGGCAACGAUUGUAAGUUGCUUUAUACGCAGAGAGGGGCUGUGCAUAUCGGCCAGUUUUCGGUGUGUCAUUACUCUGGUACGACCAAGGGCAGUUUUCUGACCAUUUCUGGCACGAAUUGGAUGGAUCCUCCGCCGUACGCAAGUAUUCCCUCCACAUAGGAAGCUAGCACGCCAGAGAGGAAGUCUGGGAGUCCUGAAAUGCUCGUUUUCUGCACGGAGGGAAUGUUUUUGUAUUGGGGGACAGCCAUUCAUUACAAACCCCCUUGUUCAGGGAUGGUAUGUCACCGAGUAACAGUUGCUGAGGAUAAACAUUGUGUCUCGUCUCCGUGCAGGUCAUAGAGAUGGAAGGGACCCUGUGGAUUAUCUGGUCCUAUCUGACCUAACGUAGCCAUCGUUGUUGUACAUUAUUAUUAUUAUUAUUAUUAUUAUUAUUAUUAUUAUUAUUUUAUACCCCUCCCAUCUGGCUGGGUUUCCCCAGCCACUCUGGGCAGCUUCCAACCAAAUAAUAAAAACAAUAGAGCGUCAGACAUUAAAAACUUCCCUAAACAGGGCUGCCUUCAGUUGUCUUUUAAAAGUAAAAUAGUUGUUUAUUGCCUUGACUUCUGCUGGGAGGGCGUUCCACAGGGCAGGUGCCACUACCAAGAAGGCCCUCUGCCUGGUUCCCUGUAACCUCACUUCUCGCAGCGAGGAAACCACCAGAAGGCAGAACGAUGGGGGUGGAGACGCUCCUUCAGGUAUACUGGGCUGAGGCCAUUUAGGGCUUUAAAGGUCAGCACCAACACUUUGUAUUGUGCUCGGAAACGUACUGGGAGCCAAUGAAGAUCUUUCAGGACUGGUGUUAUAUGGUCUUGGUGGCCACUCCCAAUCACCAGUCUAGCUGCCGCAUUCUGGAUUAAUUGCAGUUUCCGAGUCACCUUCAAAGGUAGCCCCACGUAGAGCUAAUCUCCUGCUCACAUAUUUUGGUAGCAGAGCUAUCGUCAUGCCGGGGGGGGGGGGGUUGCACACAUCAUGAAUGGCUUGAAAGAAAACAAGGAAGACUUAUUAAGCUCUGACCAGUUUUUGGAAGAGAGAUGACAAUCACUAAGAUUGCCAGAUUUGCUUUUCGUUUUAUUCCGCAGCUGAGCACAGAGGUUCCUUAUAUAGCCAUGACUGAUUACUUUAUUUCAUAUAUAAAAAUACGUACAUUCCACGUUUCAGACAAAUACUGUUUCCCAAAUUCAGGUAGGUAGCCAUGUUGGUCUGACACAGUCGAAAUAAAUAAAAAAUUGUCCAGUAGCACCUUAGAGACCAACUAAGUUUGUUCCGGGUACAGUGGUACCUCGGGUUAAGUACUUAAUUCGUUCCAGAGGUCCGUUCUUAACCUGAAACUGUUCUUAACCUGAAGCACCACUUUAGCUAAUGGGGCCUCCUGCUGCCGCCGCACCACCGGAGCACAAUUUCUGUUCUCAUCCUGAAGCAACGUUCUUAACCUGAAGCACUAUUUCUGGGUGAGUGGAGUCUGUAACCUGAAGCGUAUGUAACCUGAAGCAUAUGUAACCUGAAGCGUAUGUAACCCGAGGUACCACUGUAUAAGCUUUCGAAAGCUUGUACCCAAAACAAAUUUAGUUGGUCUCUAACGUGGUACUGGACAUUUUUUAUUUAUUUUGACUGUUUCCCAAAGUUUACUUAAUAUAUUGCAUUUAUAUCUCACCUCUCCUCCAAGGAGCUUGAGGUGGCAUGCGCAUUUCUCCUCCUCCCCAUUUUGUCCUCACAGCAACAACCACCCUGCAAGGUAGAUUUAGGCAGAAAGUGAGUGACUGGCCCCAAUAUCAACCUAGUUGAGCUUAAUGGCUGAGUGGGGAUUUGAACCCUUCUCUUCCCCAGACCCUGAUCCAACUCUCUAUAACCACUAGACCACACUGCUCACAUCAGUCAUAAUAAUAAAGUGAGAAGCAGGCCUCUGCCCUGAGAUCUACAAACUUAAAUAGAUGAGCGAUAAAGGGAAGAGGAGAAGUGGAGGCCAAAGGUGGAGGGAGAUCAGUCUGACAAUGUCAAGAGCAAAGGUGCGAGCUGUAAAACAGACGGUUGGCACCUGGUUGGAGCCAGGCUGCUCUUAAACUCCCUGGACGCUUUGCUUGGGUGGAAGCGACCCAACAUCCUUGGCUCUUUCUAACCCAGGGGUGGGGAAGCAUUGUUUUCUGACCACAGGCUGCAUUCCCUGCUGGGCCGCUGGAAAAAAUGGGCAGAUCAAUAAAAGUACAUGUAUGUCGCGGCUGGUUUCCACACCCUCGCCGUGCCCUCUUUAUCCUCCACCCACGACAAGCAUCAUUAUCCUCCUUUGAGGACGCGCACAAGGCAAACAAAAAAGGGCUUGGCUUCGGGAGCAGGGCUGGUGAGGGGUGAGACCUUGGGAGAGUUCUGAGGGCCACACAGAGGCCUGGGGGGAGCCCCACAUUUGGCCUGGGGUUCCCCACCUCUGCUCUGAUUGGCAAAGGCCAGCACCUGCUUCCCUCUACCGGCUCUGCGGUCCCCAAGGACAGGGAUGGAGAUGUUGUUGAGCUGCCAACCCUUGGCCAUACUGGCUGGGGCUGAUGGGAACUGGAGUCGGCAGACCCUCCAAGCGUCCCUGUUUUCCAGGGACAGUCCUGGAUUUACAGGAGCCAUCCCGUUAAUAUUCUGAAUAUAUAUUCUGUAAGCCACCCAGAGUAGCUGGGGAAACCUAGCCAGAUGGGCGGGGUAUAAAUAAUAAAAUUGUAUUGUUGUUGUUGUUGACUUGACCCCGGAAUGUCCCGCUUUUCCUUAGGACGUCCCUGUUUUCAUUGGGGAAUUGCUGGAGGGUAUGGUAGAAUGUUAAGUCCCUAUUUUCAUUGGAGGGUAUGGAGUUAAGCGACACACACACACACACCCGAGCCAAGGUGAGAAGUGACUAUGGAACCUUUAGAAGACAUCUGAAGGCAGCCCUGCAUGGGGGAGUUUUUAAAUGUUUUCUUGUGUUUGUAUAUAUGUUGGAAGCCGACCAGAGUGGCUGGGGCAACCCAGUCAGAUGGGUGGGCUAAUAAAUAAGGAAUAAAAAGGUAAAGGACCCCUGACAGUUAAGCCCAGUCGCAAUCGUUUCUGGGGUUGCGGCGCUCAUCUCGCUUUACAGGCUGAGGGAGCCGACGUUUGUCCGCAGACAGUUUUUCCGGGUCAUGUGGCCAGCAUGACUAAGCCGCUUCUGGCGAAACCAGAGCAGCACACGGAAACGCCAUUUACCUUCCCGCCAGAGUGGUAUCUAUUUAUCUACUUGCACUGGUGUGCUUUCGAACUGCUAGGUUGGCAGGAGCAGGGACCGAGCAACGGAAGCUCACCCCGUCGCAGGGAUUUGAACCGCCAACCUUCUGAUCGGCAAGCCCUAGGCUCAGUGGUUUAGACCACAGCGCCACCCGCGUCCCUAAACAAGGAAUAGGGCACCCCUAUUUUCAUCAGAUUAAUGUUGAAGGGUAUGAGUUGGGGGCAGGGGCAGAGGUUCCCCAUCGCUGCCCCAGGCUAGCUGAGAAUUGGAACAGAGUAUUUGUCCUGGCUCGUGUUUAGAUAUCCCCCCUUUCCUUUCCUUCCCUUCCCUUCCCUUCCCAUGCCCAGGGAAUCGUUGAUUCAUUCUCUGGAAAACUCUGUUGUGAUCUCUUAUCUCCCUUCCCCCAGCCCCAGUGCUGCUGCUGCUGGAUGUGCCAAAUAUUAGCAUGACUCAGCUGUGCUCCAGAGAACAGUUCUCCGAUGUUUAGGCUGCGCUUGGAGUUUCUCAGCAGGGAGGUUAAGCAGGGACGCAAACAUUGUAUUCCUCUCCAGCCUCUCGCCAGCUACAGAGGUAGGGCGGCCGCAAAUGCCUCUUUGGAGAGGAAGGUAUUUUGAAAUGUUCUGAGUGCUUUUGGCGGCAUUGCCCAAGGAGAGGCACUCUUGUGUUAUUUGCACACCGAAUGGCCCUUUCCUUCUGCAAAUCAAUAAGGCCUCGGUGCAGAGGCGUGUGGAGGAAUCCCAAGGAAGGAAGGCUGCUUUAGGGAAGAGGCUGUCCCUGAGCUGCCUUUGCCCUGGCUGGAAAGUUCAGAUUUCACCCUUGCAAGUCCAAAAGAAGACGGGGCAAUUGCAGCUUUGGGUCUGGGUCAUGGGAGACCUGUGUUCAAGUGCUGCCUCCACCGUAGCCUUUGCUCUAAGACCAUGGGAGCAUCGCACACCCUCUGCCCAAACUUCCUGCAUCUACAGAGUUGGGAGUGUGAUUGAUUUUACUUCCCUUUUGGGUGUGUUGGCAGGGAACAUAGUGUGCCAUACACUUGGCCUACUUUUGUUGCAAUCCUCACUACACCGGCUGGUGAACCGGUGUAGAUCAAGGCAGUACAACCUCUUAGACCAAGUGAGCCGCAAGAAUGCUUUUGACACAGAAUCCUGGGGCCACACAGCGCAAUGACCCAGAAUGCAACCUCUGUGCAAACGGGGAGUUGCCUGUAUUUAGUUUUUAAUGUGUUGUAAACCGCUUUGAGAUGUUUUUCUUCAAAAUACAAAGCGGUACAGAAAUGAAAAUAAAGAUAUAAAUUAAUUAAAUAAUAAUAAUCUGAUCCCAAAAAAGGCACCUAGACAUUCCGUUGCAGUGACUGUAAUUUAGGCUUAAGAUGCCACUUCGCAAUUAGACAAAUAUGAGUUUCCAACACUGGUUGCAUCGUGAAAUGAGGCCUUUCACAAAUGCCCGGUGCACAUCCAUAAAAUGAAAUGCGUGCAAGUUAGAUAUGAAAUAUUGGGCAGUGGCAUGAAAUUAGAAGCUGUUUCAAAUCUGCAUCCCCAGAAAUCUGCAAACCAAACAGAGAGGCCCCGGCUCUCUAAUCAUUUGCAGGACAAGGAUUCCUGUAGUUGCUAGGCUCCUUUAUCUCUUUACUUUGACCAACCAGAUUCAGACUUGCUGGAAUAGGCAGAGGGAGCAAGCUGACCUGCCUUAGCAAGGAUGCGGCGUGUUUGCCUGCUUUUUAACUGUGCUUUUGAUGCUCCGAGAACGUGACUGGUCCUGUUUUGUCGCAUGACAAGCCUUGCAGGUGCAGGAAUGGGAAAAGGUCUCUGCAGGCAGAGCGUCAGAGUGGUGGUACAGCGUGGAUGGUGUUGGGUUUGCCUGUGAGAAGCUGUGUCCAACCCUCGCCUUCAGUGGAACUAAAAUGUUCAGGUAUCUGAGGGGAAGCCCCAUUUUUGUUUUACCUCUCAGUCACCUGCUUCUCUUCCCCCAUGACUCCCCUUUAUUCUAUUGGUCAGGGAGAGGAUUGUGUUUCCUGGGCAGUGGUGGUUUCUGAGAUUUCCCCCGCGCUUGUCUCAUUCAUUGGAGGCUUGUGGUUGUGUGCCCUUUCAGCCUUUUGGAGAGGGAUGGGGUAGGUGCUUCUUUAAUGACAAGGUGGAUCGUAGGUAAAGGUAAAGGGACCCCUGACCAUUAGGUCCAGUCAUGACCGACUCUGGGGCUGUGGUGCUCAUCUCGCUUUAUUGGCCAAGGAAGCCGGCGUACAGCUUCCGGGUCAUGUGGCCAGCAUGACUAAGCCGCUUCUGGUGAACCAGAGCAGCGCACGGAAACGCCGUUUACCUUCCCGCCAGAGCGGUACCUAUUUAUCUACUUACACUUUUGACGUGCGGAUCGUACCGUGACUUAAAUUUAGUGGCUUUAAUUUCCCAGGCACACUAGCUUGCGGGAUCUACAGUGGUAUCUUGGGUUACAGACGCUUCAGGUUACAGACUCCGCUAACCCAGAAAUAUUACCUCGGGUUAAGAACUUUGCUUCAGAAUGAGAACAGAAAUUGCGCAGCAACGGCAUGGCAGCAGCAGGAGGCCCCAUUAGCUAAAGUAGUACCUCAGGUUAAGAACAGCUUCAGGUUAAGAACUGACCUCUGGUACGAAUUAAGUUCUUAACCUGAGGUACCACUGUAGUUUGGGUGUGACUAGUACCUGGAGAUCUACCCAGUUGCAAAAGGAAUACACUUUUAGAAUGAAAGAAUAGUGCUACUGAGCAUCUGCUGAACACAGGGAUUUGUUUAGAGUGUGGCAACUGUGACCUGAGUUUACCCAAAUCUGUUCCUAGAAACCUUCAGCUGCCUCCACUCCCACGCCCCCAUUACGAUCGUUUGAUGGAGGGGGGAAGAGUAAUGUUAUCAUAGCUAUGGCUGAACAACAAGGAGUCAGAAAUCCCCAUCAAUCAACUGCAAACUGCACAGAAAUCUGCUAGUAGAUCCUGGUUGUCCUGCUCAUUCCUCCACAAAAGUGCCCCAGUGCAGUUCAUGAGGGUGUUACAGAACAGGCUUCCUCAAUCUCAGCCUUCCAGAUGUUUUUGGCCUUCAACUCCCAUGAUCCCUAGCUAGCAGGACUACUGGUCAGGGAUGAUGGGAAUUGUAGUCUCAAAACAUCUGGAGGGCCGAGGUUGAGGAAGCCUAUUAUAGAAUCAUAGAAUUGUAGAGACCUGAGGAUCAUCGAGUCCAACUCUGUGCAAUGCAGGAAUAUGGAGCUGUCCCAUAUGGGAAUCGGACCUGCAGCCUUGGUGUUACCAGCACCAUGCUUUAACCAACAGGGCUUUGGGUCGGGUUGGAUAAUCGUGCAAUGUUAUCCUCAAAUGCACCCCUUUAAAUUUUUAUUUCAUACAGUGGUACCUCGGGUUAAGUACUUAAUUCGUUCCGGAAGUCCGUUCUUAACCUGAAACUGUUCUUAACCUGAAGCACCACUUUAGCUAAUGGGGCCUCCCUCCUGCUGCUGCUGCGCCGCCGGAGCAGGAUUUCUGUUCUCAUCCUGAAGCAAAGUGCUUAACCUGAAGCACUAUUUCUGGGUUAGCAGAGUCUGUAACCUGAAGCGUAUGUAACCUGAGGUACCACUGUAUAAGCAAAUGACUACUAUUCAGAAGCACGGCACUUGGAGGUGGGCGAGAACAGCAUUAACACUGGUCCAUCUUCCCUUACUGCAGGGGUGCCCAAACUUUUUUCAAAGAGGGCCAGAUUUGAUGAAGUGAGGGUCGGCUAAAGUUGUUGGGCUUUUUUUAGGAUUGAAGUUGUUGACUUUUUUUCAAUUUUACCCCAGGACAUAUGAUGUCAUCUAGCUCAAUAAAGGUUUCCCUGACCGUUAGGUCCAGUCGCUGAUGACUCUGGGGUUGCACGCUCAUCUUGCUCUAUAGGCUGAGGGAGCAGGCAUUUGUCCGCAGACAGCUUGCAGGUCAUGUGACCAGCAUGACAAAGCCGCUUCUGGCAAAUCAGAGCAGCACACGGAAACGCCGUUUACCUUCCCGCUAGAGCGGUACCUAUUUAUCUACUUGCACUGGCGUGCUUUCAAACUGCUAGGUUGGCAGGAGCUGGGACCAAGCAACGGGAGCUCACCCCGUCACAGGGAUUCGAACCGCCGACCUUCUGAUCGGCAAGGCCAAGAGGCUCAGUGGUUUAGACCACAGUGCCAUCCAUGUCCCUUUUAGGAUUGAAGUUUACCCCAAAGUUCUUGAGCUUUUUUUAGGAUUGAAGUGGUUGAGCUUUUUAACAAUUUUACCCCAGGACAUAUACUGCCACGGAUUGGGCCCCCGAAACGUACUUUUGGACAUGCCUGCCUUACUGGCAUCCUAUGGGGCUGUGCAAUAUGGGCACCACACCCAAAGAUGUCCCGCAUCAGGCCAUUUGCUAGUUCUCUGAAUUCUGCCUUCUCUUUGCAGCAAGGUAUAAAUGGAUCUGCAGCUGCCUGUGGCAUAGCCCAGUCCCAAGAAUCUGACCAGCUUAGGUUGUCCCCAAAAAUAAAAUUUAAAAACACAACAAAAAUCAUGAACCAUUGCUUGAGAGGUGCCACGUCUCGCUGUGCUUAAUUGGUAGCAUGUGGCACUGCUGACUCGGCACAUCCCACAUGUUCCGCACCGUGCUUGCCAAGCCGGGGGCAGCCUAGGACAGGGAACAUCCUGUGAAAAGGAAAGUGCUCUCCGGCCCAGAGCAGCGCUAGGACUUUGCCAUCUGCUGGAGCAGAGAUUCGCCGUCUGUGUUUCCCAGCAGUGGGAUUUAAGCUAGCAAUUUUUCAGAGGCUUCUGUGUGUUUGGGGUUUUGAACCGUAGCUUUGAGGGAUGUGGCAGAAAAGCAGGGGACUGGGACAAAUGGAUCCCAUUCAUUCAUUCAUUCAUACAUUCAUUCAUUCAUUCGUUCAUAUAUUCAUUCAUUCAUAGAAUUCAGCCCUCCUCACUCCAAACAGGCAUUGCUUCUUAGUGCAAUGUUUACAUUGCAGUGACCAGCAAAGCCUUUAACCUCUCCGGUCUACCUGUUGCAAGUCUUUACAUGAAGGAGCGUCUCCUCCCCCAUCGUUCAGCCAGGACACUGAGGUCCAGCUCUGAGGGCCUCAGUGUCCCUCAGACACCGAGAAUUGAGGUUACAGGGUACCAGGCAGAGGGCCUUCUCAGUAGUGGCGCCCUCCCUGUGGAACGCACUCCCAUCAGAUGUCAAGGAAAUAAACAACUAUGACUUUUAGAAGACAUCUGAAGGCAGCCCUGUUUAGAGAAGUUUUUAAUGUUUGAUGUUUCAUCAUGUUUUUAAUAUUCUUUUGUGAGCCACCCAAAAUAUUAUUACUAUUUAUUUAUUUCAGAUGAGAGCAGAGUCAGUUUCAGGUCUGCUCCAGACUACAGAUUGGGCACAACAUAUCUGUUAAUCUGCUUGAUGAGUUAAUAGCAUAUGAAUUUGAGGAUUAAAAAAUUAAUCAUCCACUUCAGUUUUUCUUGCACAAAUCUGGCGUCCUCAGUAUUGUUUAUUAAAUUAGCAUUCUGCCCUUUCCAAGGAGCCCCCAAAGCACCUGUGAUUUUAAAAAAAUACAAUGAAGAGACAACACGACAUAUUGUAAAAAGUGAAACACCUAAAAACUUUCAAACAUUUAAAGCGGUUUAAAAACAGAUGUAACCGAAUCCCAUUUCUGGAUAGGCCCACCGGAAAAGGCCAUUUUUCAGCAGGCGUCUAAUAGAGCCUGGUAUCAAGUGGCAGGGAGUUCCGAAGCACAAGGGCUGCCAUCUGUGUACCAGGGAAACCAGUCCUGCCACUUUGCAGCAGAAUUUGGCUGUGGGCGGCGCUGAUUGGCUGGUCCAUGAGACAUCACAAACCCGCUCACCACCCCAGGGCAAUUUUAUGACACUUAAAAUUUACUUUCCUUGUUUGUUUUCUUUUAAAAAAAGAAUGUUUAAAUGAAUAAAUGGUCGUGUAGGGCUUUUUAAAAAAAAGAACACAAUGAAAACAGGCAGGCAGCUUUGCAGGGGACAGACUGACAAUAACCAGCAUUAAAACUGUUGUUCUGUACAUCUGCCUCUCUGCUAUUUUUAUAAGUAUGCUUGAGUGCUCUCAGUGGAUCAAACUGCAGGUUACGUUCCAUGAGUUAUCAAGCAUUUUCUUAGAAUUUCGCUCUUUUACCUUUUCUGGCCACAAGGUGGCAGCGGAGCGAAAGAAGAUGACGCUUUUCUCUUCUGCCAAUUGCGCCCAUCUCUUAAGUAAGAGUUCAUGGCUGAAACAAACCAGCAGCCCAUGCAGGUUUAUAUAGAAUCUUAGCUGCCCCAUGUGAUGGUGAGGCAAUAUAUUAUGUGAGGCUACAAUGUGAUGUGAGGCUGCUCGGCAGGGUAGGACUCGAACCCAAUGCCUUCAAUGUGCAAGAAAGGAGAUUCCGAUUUCCGACUGAACCUCGGGAAGAACUUCCUCAUGGUAAGAGCUACUCGGCAGCGGAGGUUUCUUAAGCAGAGGUUAGAUGGCCAUCUGUCAUGGAUGAUUUAGCUGGGAUUCCUGAAUUGCAGGGGUUGGACUAGAUGACCACUGGUGGUCCCUUCCAACUCUACAAUUCUAUGAUUCUAGGCCUUAUUCCAUGUCCUCCCUGAGUGCCAUUGCCUAGCCGGGAUGUAUCCUAUGAUGAUACCUUGAUUGACGGGUGUAGAGAGGUGUGAAUGACUAUUAUUUUGAAUAUGAAUAUUAUUGAUUUGUGUAGCCAAAGCCAGUACAGUGGUACCUCGAGUUACAGACGCUCCAGGUUACAGACUCCACUAACCCAGAAAUAGUACCUCGGAUGAGAACAGAAAUCGCACAGCAGCAGCGGGAGGCCCCAUUAGCUAAAUGAACAGGUUAAGAGCAGUUUCAGGUUAAGAAUGGACAUCCAGAACGAAUUAAGUUCUUAACCUGAGGUACCACUGUAAGAGGGUUGGGUGGGUGUAGAGACCCCUCUGGCUUCUUCAUGUUUUUAAUGUAUCCUAGUACAGAGAGCUAGCAACUUCAUCAAUCGCUGCACCCCGUAUCCCAAAGGUGGCCCACCCCCGAUGGGAGUGCGGUCCUGGGACUGCAAAAUAAAAAUAAAAAAUGCCCUUGCUGUAGUCUCUGCUGGCUACCAGGAACCAGUAUGGAGUGGGAAGUGUUUUGCAUUGUGGGAGAAAGAGUUGAGGGUGGACCACUACAGUGGUACCUCUCAAGACGAAUGCCUCGCAAGACAAAAAACUCGCUAGACGAAAGGGUUUUUUGUUUUUUGAGCUGCUUCGCAAGACGAUUUUCCCUAUGGGCUUGCUUCGCAAGACGGAAACGUCUUGCAAGUUUGUUUCCUUUUUCUUAACACCAUUAAUACAGUUGCGACUUGACUUCGAGGAGCAACUCAUAGAACGUGGUGUGGUAGCCUUUUCUGAGGUUUUUAAAGACUUUGGUGAUUUUUUAAUCUUUUCCAAAACUUUCCCGACACCGUGCUUCGCAAGACGGAAAAAAUCGCAAGACGACAAAACUCGCGGAACGAAUUAAUUUCGUCUUGCGAGGCACCACUGUACUUCCUUACCUCGAAAGAAGUCACUUCCUCUCUUCCAAAAUGGCUUUGCCAGGCGCAAGGGCGCCACUUUCCUAAAGAGAUCCACAAACGGCAGACUUUCUCCAGGAUCUCUCAGUGAUGGAGAAGCCAGACCUUCUCUGCAUCCUGAGCUCCCAUGCGCUUCAAUUUGCACCAGAUUUAUGGCACGUACAUGCAGUAGAUUAAAGGCAAAUGACUCCCCCACCAAGAAUCCUGGGAACUGCGGUUUGUUAAAGGUGCUGUAUCUGGGGGGGGGGACUACAGUUCCCAUAAUUAUUCCGAGGAAGCCAUGUGCUUUCCGUGCGUGAUGUGCAUGGAGCCUUAUUGAUUGAUUGGACUGAAACAGAGAUGUCGAAAGCAAGGCUGUCUUUUAAAGAAAUAACUGGAGCUUAUUCGCGAGAAAUAACGGGACAGGCGUGUUUCAGUGUGGGCCCUCGCAAAAAUGGCAGUGUGUGGUUUCUCUGGCAGCAAAGAGACCUUUCUGUGGCGAGAAAGAGAGAGAGGCAGAGAGAGAGAUAACCCCGGUUGAUGCAGUGUGUUGGCUACUAAGGAACUGAAGAUGAGAAGGUGCUUCGAAAGUGUCGGGCUGCAAUGCUUGCUUAAGGUGAGCACGAAUCUCCGGAAAUGGGCUGCAUCUGCUGCAGGGGACCAGGAUCUCAAAAGCCUGGAUUGCUCGGAGGGCCGCAACCCAAACUGUGCCUCCGUCGCUGGAAGGCAGGGCGAAGCGAGCUCCUUUCUCCAGGGUUGGCCCUGGUAGCAACAGGGCCUGUGGAGAUGUGUGUGUGUGUGUGUGUGUGUGUGUGUGGAGGGGGGGUAGCUUGGACUUCAGCGGCGAAAACGCCUUGGUCCGACUCUGGCUGAGGAUGCCUCUGUCUGUUAGCUUAACCACUUUGCCUCUACCGCCCGCAACCUCUAGGCCACGCCUCCGUCUCUUCAUUGGCUGGCAUUCCUCAUUUCUGAUUGGUGGGCAGGAUCUAUAUAAAGUAGUGUGAUGGCAGAGCAAAGCAUGCAGGUAAGUCAAUGAGGUAGGAGAAGCGAGGCUGGAGAGAUGGUGUGGGAGGGGGGCAGUCAUCAGAGGCUUCACCACCUUGACAUCAGAAAAGAUUUGCUCUGUGGGGUUUCAAAGCUCUGUGGGGACUAAAACCCUCAUUUCUUUGAUUUUCACUGAGUUCUAAAAACUCAGUGAAAAUCCAGAUGGUGAUAACUCCUCCUGAAUUCCAGGAAAUCCAGUAUCGAGCUGCCUUACACAGAUCCUCACGCAACACAAAGAUCCCCACACAGAUUAAAGCCAUCUUUCCACCCACCUCAAGUGUAUUCAUUCUCCAGUUUCCCAGCCUCACAUCAGUUGUCCUUUUGGGGCACUGGCAUGCAGGUUUCAAGGGCAAGUAAUCGUCUUGCUGGCUAAGGAGCGCGGCCUCGAUUAAGAUGGACGCAAACCCCUGAUCCCCUUUACUUGCAGGCUAAGCCUCUUAACGGUCAGAGUUGAAGAUAACAUGAGGGAAAAGAUUAUGGCUGGGAAGAUAUGCUCAAAGAGGCAACCGGGCUGUAGCGAUUUUGUCUAAGUAGCUGACUCGGCAGACCUGUUUUCUUCCCCGCUCAAAUUUUUAGGCUUUCUCCAUACCGGAGUUUCCAUUGGGAAAUGAAAGGCAACUCGCUGGUAGUUGGAGACAUUGAAUGUACAAGGCAGGGGGAGAUUUAAAAAACCCUGCCCACGGCUAGGGGUUGCCGCUGGGUACUUAAGACUCAGUGGAACCAGUGUUCGAAAUUAGCUAGGAGCCAGGCGCAUUUUGCACCUGGAUUUUGAGCACUUGCGACCAAGUGUAGGCGCCCGGGCACCAGGAUAGCACCUGACAUCUACACCCUCUGGGGAUCAUUGGUUCUAGACUCUUUUCACACACUUAAUACCCCAUCCCAUAGAAUGCAAUCAGUUAUAUCGCACAAUCAACAUGAAUUUCAGGAACCAAAAUGCUUUUUCUGUGCAGCCUGAGCAAGAGCAGUCAUCAUUAAGGAAAAGAGGUGAGAACAGGCCAAUCUAUGUUUUAGACUGUCCCUGUAAUCCGGUGACUUUUCUUCUUGUAAAUUCUCCAAGUUCUUAACCUAGCUCAAGGUUGUCAUCUGAACUAGCCAGAGGUUUAACUGAAAAUUAGUCACAGUCAGCCCAUCCUUUGAAAAAAAAAGAUUUUAGAGCCAUAUUGCCCCAAAAUGGCAACCAGACUUUUUGUUUUGGCGACUGCAACCUUGGUUUAAGGAGCCAUUUGGCACCUAGAUUACAUAUCUGAGUUUCUAACAUUGAGUAGAACACACCCCCUCAGGUGGUGGAUUCUCCUUUCAUGGAGGUGCCUUGAACGUACUACUGUGUCCGUUUGCUAUAACGAAUGAAAGCCACACCCAAAUAGGACUCCGCGUAAUGGCUCUCGCCUCUGUUCUUGCUGCAGGAUAGGGCUAUGGCCGUAACGCAGGGCCAGAAAUACCUCCUCAUCUUUGACUUCGACGAGACCAUCGUGAACGAAAACAGCGACGAGUCCAUCCUCCAGGCUGCUCCGGGGAAGCAGCUCCCGGAGUCGAUCCGCAGCACAUACCGCGAGGGUUUCUACAACGAGUACAUGCAGCGGGUCCUGCAGUACAUGUGCGACCAAGGGGUCAAGAUGGCCGACUUCAAAGCGGCCUACGAAAGGAUCCCGCUCUCCCCCGGCAUGGCCGACCUCUUCCAGCUCCUCUCCAAGCAGCAGGACCACUUUGAGAUCAUCCUCAUCUCCGACGCCAACAUGUUUGGCAUCGAGUGCGCCUUGAAGGCAGCCGGGGCCUAUCCCCUCUUCCGUAAGAUCUUCAGCAACCCUUCGAGCUUUGACAAGAGAGGCUACUUCACCUUGGGCCCUUACCACUCGCACAACUGCAAGCGUUGCCCGGCCAACAUGUGUAAGCACAAGAUCCUGACAGAAUACCUGGCAGAGAGGGCACAGGAAGGGGCCAGAUUCGACUGUGUCUUCUACGUAGGGGACGGAGCCAAUGACUUCUGCCCUUCCACCGCGCUGAAGUCGAGCGACGUCGCCUUCCCUAGGAAAGGCUACCCCAUGCACCAGCUCAUCCAGGAGACUGGGAAAAGCCAGCCUGGGACUUACCAGGCCACGGUCGUCCCCUGGGACUCUGCCGUAGAGAUUUCUUGUUACCUUCAAGAAGUUCUCAAGAAGAAAUGUUGAGGGCGGGGGAGACCUUUGAUGGGAGGAAACAGCUGCUCUCGUUUGGAAAGAUCUGAACGAUUAUAGCAUCACGGCUCUCUCACGCUUGGCUUAAGGCUCUCUCUCUCUCGCUCUCUCUGGGCUUUCUCCACCUCAAAAUCUCUUGUCUCUGGGUCUCUCCUUCCUUCAGCCUAGAGAUAAGGGCUCACUAUGCAGUUAGGAAAUCCAUUGAAGGAAGGGUGGGUGGAUGACAGGCCACUUUAAAUAUUUUUGAUUGCCUUUUUGGAAAGCAAAAGCAAAAUACUUUUGUAAUUGCUAAACCCACGCAUCUUGUUUCGCUUGGGCUGGUUCUCAGUAGCGCUCUUAGCGCAUGGGGAAAUUCUGUCGCUACCAAAGCAUUUUGACUGCUCACGGGUGUUGAAUAUAGUUCUCCUCCCCUUCCCUUAACAAACACCCUUUUAAAAAAAGUUACAUUUCCAGAUCCUACUCCAUCUAACAGGAUGUUGGAAUUGUCUUUAAUUGUUUAUCUAAAUGGGGGGGGGGCACCUAGUGUCUCUGGAAAGGAAUGGGAGAGCCAGAAAGAUUAACCCACCUGCAUCUUCUGGUUGGACUUGAUGAUUCCUGGCAUCAUUUCUCAUCUUAUGGCUGAGAUGACCCACUCUGGUCAGGGACGGAGAACCUACAGCCUCCGGAUAUUUGCUGAACUACAACUCUCAUAAUCCCCGACCAUUUGCAAUGCUGGCUGGGGCUGAUAGGAGCUGUGGUCCAACGACAACCGAAGGACUAUAGCUCCAUCCCCACUCCCUGACUUUGGCCGAGCACGUCGGGAACAAAAAGGGAAAGCACUUUUGCUGCAGCAGCCUAUGAAUGGUGUUUUCUACUCUCCCCUUCCUUGCCUGGCAAGACAGCCUCUUCAAGGUGUAUAGUAUUCCUGCUGCUCAGAAAAGGCUGGUGUCUAAAAUGAAGGGGGAACGAACAGGAUCGGGAGGCCUGUAGGUUGCAGUGAAUAGCGAAACAAGCAAAGAGUCCAGCGUGUUGAGAACUGAAUGGGUCGGAAGAAGAAGCCAGUCAGGGACGGUGUGCACUUAAGAGUUACAGAGUGGGCAAAUGAGAACAGGCGCCAUUUUCCUCUAAGGGUGCAUCAUCCUGGUAAGCACCCAAGUUGUGCUCCCGUUGCACGUUUUGGCUCUUGCUGGCCUGGGUUUCACCUUUGGGCAUUUUCCCAGUCCUGCACAGCUCUUUUCCUUGCAGAUUCAGGCUGGGUUUUUCUAUUCCCCAUAUGCUGAAUUUGUCAAUUUGCAGCAGCCACGUCCUCCCAAACGAAUGGCGGAUUGGGGGCAGGGGUUGCGGAGUAGAAACGGAUUGUUUGGCAAGGUGGGAAAUCCACGUGGAGUUGUGUCUCGUGCUACAAAUGCAUCGUUUUAAAGAAAAAGGUGGCUCUUUCUGCUACAUCUAUAUGAUGUUUUUUGUACCCACUUACCCACUAAUGCGCCGGCUCCCUCGGCCAGUAAGCGAGAUGAGCGCCGCAACCCCAGAUUCGGCCACGACUUGACCUAAUGGUCAGGGGUCCCUUUACUUUUUUACCCACUAAUGACUUCCCACAAGGAACCCUGGGCAUGGUAAUUUGAUAAAGGUGUUGAGCAUUCUCUCUUCAAUAUCCACGGAUGCCUUUGCAGAACUGCACUCCCCUAGGAACAUGAGCAUUUAUGGAGAGUGGGGGAUGUUCCUCCCAUAAAUGAACCAUAAUUUCCCAUUCUCUAGCCUUCAUUUUUUUAAAAAAAGAGCAAGUAUUUAGCAUUUGUAGAACCUGAGAUACGGGGCAAAAAUGCACAUCUACUAUUCUUACUUUUUUGGUGAGAACCGAGCCUGCUUCUUCCACCCCGGGAAAAAUGGCUUGAGAACCCCAUGCCUGGGAAGAAAUCACGUCUAUUCAAUCAAUAGCUACAAAGACUUUAGCAAUGGGGGAAACAGGUACCGGACAAAGUUUGGAAAAAGGGACCGUGCAAAACAUGUAAUCCGAACAAAGCCUGUAUCUUUCUAAGUGAGAUACAUGCCGCUGCCGCAGAAAUCCCAAGGGUGUGCUUAAUGUAAACAAUAAGUGAUGGUCCAUGAGAUCAUACGUGGGUCAUACGGUCCUAUGUGGAUUGUGUGUCCUGCCCUUGUGUGCAAUGAUCUUCAACAGAUUGCUUCGAGAGACGCUUCUGUGAGUGCAACCCAAGACCUGCCAGAGUCUUCUCUAUUUAUGAUAUUUCUAUUGCAGCCUUAAAUUUCCCUCUCCCAUGCUGCUUUCUCUGAAAACAGCAAGAUGUUCCUGUCCCUACGCUUGCCGCCUGCUCAUCCACCGCAUAUUGCACAACCAACCCAUUUGUCAGUCUGUCUUGCUUCGCCUUCGCCUGCUCCUUAAUUCUGUUUCCUCUGCAAACCUGCUUUGUUGUCAACAACUCCCUCCCUUUCUCCACUGGUCUGUCAAUGCUUGUUGGAACUUAAAAGCCAUGGAAACUCUUUUGUAAGCGUGCAAAAAAAGAAACAAUUAGCAAACAAAUUUCGAUUUAUUUUGUCUUGCGUACACUACAAUAACUGCAUGCUCUGUGACUACAUUUCCAAGUAUCCAAAAUGCCCUGUAGACUGUUAAUUUUGUUUUUUGUUUUCUCCUGCAAUGUUGAGUGUAUGAACCUCUCUACUUGAGACCCUUGCAAGCAUAUUGAGGAGAGGGGGAUAUCCUUCCCUCCUGGGGAGUUGCCCUUUCUGUCCUAAACCAAUCUCCCUAUACAGUGGAACCUUGGUUCUCAAACGGCUUAGUUGAUGAACAAAUUGGCUCCUGAACGCCGAAACCCUGGAAGUAAGUGUUCCAGUUUUUUAACGUUUUUCAGAAGCCGAACGUCCGACGCAGCUUCCGCUUCAGUGCAGGAAGCUCCUGCAGCCAAUUGGAAGCCAUGCCUUGGUUUUCAAAUGUUUCAGGUGUUGAACAGAUUUCCAGAAUGGAUUAAGUUCGAGAACCAAGGUACCACUGUAUCCGUUGGCCUGUGGGGUGAAGCCACUUCUAGUUUGCAAUGAAUGGUUUUAUAAGCUAUCUUUUCGACUGUAUACCUCCCUCUUAAUGUGCUUCCCUCCCUUCUCCAAGAAGAAAAGAAGAACUGAAGACCAGAGAAAAUGGAACCAUUCUCAGGCAGCUGCCACCCAUCCUUGCCAGGACUGCUGGCAACUCCCAACAGUCCUCACCACCUUGGCUGCGUUGCCUGAAGCUGAUGGGACCUGGAGCCCAACAUCACCUGUCUUAGCCCGGCACACAUUACUGUAUACUCUGGCUCCAGUGUGCUCCCACUGCUAGUGUACACAUGAUGUUAGCCACACAAGUCACCUGUAUCCUGUAGUUUCUUGAGAAAUACUGCUGUGUGGUGGCAUUUCCCCUCAAACCAGUUCACAUUCCAUUUGAAAACAUAAGCCGCAUCCACUUCACCGUGAAGCUGAGGUGUGUACAUUCGGGACUGCCGUCGCACAUGCUCAGACGUCAAGAUUCAUGAAUAAAGAGUUGUUUGGGGGCGGGGGUUGCAUGGGGAAAACAAACAGGUAACGUGCAGCUAGUGAAGACCAUCGACACCCCACCCUCCAGCUGUGUACACACAAUGUGCAAAUAUAGCUUGAGAUGGGGAGGAGGAAGAAACAACCUCACUGUGUUUGAAGCCACUGAUGCGCACAUAACCUUAACCAGCAUCUUAAGCCACUUCUAUAUUUCCAGCCCUUCAGUUCCUCUCUUCAUUCUCAGGCCCACAGCUUCCUUUUAAUGGCAUCGGUGGUUAAGUCAUACAUAUUCUUGUCUCAUCACGUCGACAGAUAUUCAUCCCUGUCCACAACGCCUUUUUAACCACAGCGCGUGCGAAAAGCACAAUUGCUAGGCCCUUCACAGCCCAGAGCCUUAGAACCAGCUCCCCCUCCUCCUGUGAAGGCCUAGGACUACACAACAUGGCACCCUUCAGAUGUUGCUCAACUGCAUCUCCCAGCAUCCUUUGCCCCAGAGCCUGGCCCACCCAUCAGGCAAACUGAAGCAGCUGCCUCAGGCAGCGGAAGCCUCAAAGGCAGUCCCUGCACUGCCUCCACCACACAACCCAGGUAAGGGAGGCUGAGGUGGGGCAGGACUGCACUUUCUCAUUUUGGCGAAAGGGGGCAAACUGCUUCUGCCUUGCCCCUGCUGACUCUGGUGACUGGGGCUGAUGGGAGUUCCAGCACCUGCAGUGCCCUUAGUUCUCUGUGUCUGCAUUAAUGGGUGUCAGGAGUGAUGGACAAACCGCUCUGAUGAUCCAUGAGCUGCAGUCAACAUGGACUCUGUCAGGGAGCUGACAGGCAGAGCAGGUCAUUUGCAGGUCUGAGAGAGAGAGAGAGAGAGGUGCUUGGUGAACGUGCAGUUAGUUUCUUCAUUAAGGAAAAGAAAGCACAGAGAUGACUAAAGGUUGCUCCUGUAUUAAUGAAGCAGUUGUUCAGAUGGGCUUGUAGCCCCUCCUUUACUCCCUAGCCCACUGUCAGGCCCCUCUCGUUGUGAUCUUUGGCUACGGUGAGCUCCAAUGGACUCCCUUUGUGUCUGCCUGGCUCGCCACUCGCUUGGCAACAUGCAAUAAACCAGGCAUAGGCAAACUCGGCCCUCCAGGUGUUUUUGGGACUACAACUCCCAUGAUCCCUAGCUAACAGGACCAGUGUUCAGGGAUGAUGGGAAUUGUAGUUCCAAAGCAUCUGGAGGGCCAAGUUUGCCUAUGCCUGCAAUAAACAUCACGUUCUAGGAGUGUGGGGGGGCGGGGGUUUGAAAGCUUUCAGCAAAGAAGCUGUCAGAAUGGCCCCAAGAGAGAAAUGCAAGGUCCGCCUCCCCUCUGUCAUCGCUGUUGGUGCCUACAUCCAAAAUGGAAAACUCCUCGCUCUUUCUGGUCUCUUCGCUAUCCCUCAAGCACCCUGUUUCUAGCACUUCCCAACUUGUCCCCUCCUCAGGUGUGUCCCAUGUCCCACUACCAGGCCCAGGUUCAAAAUCCUCUUCCUCUGCGCCUUCCCUGGGGAGCUCUUGAUUGGGCAGAUUCCACCAUUCUUCCUCAUCCAACCAGUCCCUGACAGACAUUUGGGUGCACAAAUGCCACCCAACAUCUCAAAUGGGAAUGACAGAAAUUCAGUGUUCACUACUGUAAAAGAAUGUUUCUUUUGCGAGUAUCUAGUCAAGUAGCUUCUACCUUCCCUCUAGAGCAGCCUUUCUCAACCUGUGGGUCCCCAGAUG